UUUCAACAGAUUUUUUGCUGUAAUUCGUCUGAUUGUUUAAAAACAAAUGUUUAAUAGCAGUUUUUGUUGUUCCCUGGUGAUUCCCCCACCCUAAAUUGGUGGUUCUAGGGCUCCAUCAUGACUGGUCCACGCCAGAGGGUCAACAUAACCUCGAGGACGUCAAGAAGUUGGGGAAUAACCUCUCGAGUCGUAAAUAAAUUGUAAAAUAUUAGUUUAGUGGUUUAUUCGAGUUAAAUAAACAAUGUUUGAGGCACACAGUUUGAAUGCUGAGCACAAGGACCUGAUUCAUGACAUUGCGUAUGAUUUUUAUGGCCAGAGGAUGGCCACUUGCUCCAGUGAUCAGUUCGUGAAGGUUUGGGAUGAGGAUGAGCACGAGAAUUGGCACUUGACAGCCUCCUGGAAGGCACACAGUGGGUCUGUGUGGAAAGUCACGUGGGCACAUCCUGAAUUUGGCCAGGUCCUGGCUACAUGUUCCUUCGACAGAACUGCAGCUGUUUGGGAAGAAAUAGUUGGAGAAGGCUCUGGACCUGGAGAACGUGGCAUGCGCCACUGGGUACGUCGAACCAACCUAGUAGACUCCCGCACCUCCGUAACCGACGUUAAAUUCGGCCCCAAAACCCUGGGACUCGUCCUCGCCACAUGCAGUGCUGAUGGUGUCAUCAGAAUCUACGAAGCACCUGAUGUCAUGAACCUCAGUCAGUGGACACUCCAGCACGACAUCAGCUGCAAGCUGUCCUGCAGCUGCAUCACCUGGAAUCCAUCCUUAUACAGACUUCAUCCCCCCAUGAUAGCAGUGGGCAGUGACGAUCCAAACACAUCAUCAGGAGGUAAAGUCUUCAUCUACGAGUACUCAGAGAACAACAGACGCUGGACAAAGACUGAAACACUGUCCAACGUCGUUGAUCCAGUCCACGACAUAGCAUUUUCGCCAAAUCUGGGGAGAAGCUUUCACACACUAGCAAUAGCCACCAAAGACGUCAGAAUAGUCACCCUGGAGCCUCUCCAGGAAAAUGGCGCCUCUCGCUUUCGUCUCCAAACUGUCCAGUUUGAUGAUCACUACUGCACCGUCUGGCGUGUCUGCUGGAACAUAAUGGGAACGAUCCUGGCGUCAUCAGGGGAUGAUGGAUGUGUUCGUCUCUGGAAGGACAACUACAUAAACGAGUGGAAGUGUGUGGCUGUCCUAAAGGGCGAUGGCACCUCAGCACAAACAGCUGAAGUCCAGCAGAUUGUUACACCACCAGGACAGAGUUCUGGGGGACAAUUGUCCCAGUCAACCACCAGGUACAUUAAAUUGGGGUCCAUCAGUCACCCCAAUCAAGUUCCCUGGCACUAGUUCCCAAUAUUUGGGGGAAAUACUCUGGAUGUUGGGUGAUUUGGUGACUUUUUCCUGAUUUUUUUAUGUGAAAUUGUUCCGCCAUUUUGAAUUUCAGAAGUUUCUUGAUAUUUGUAUUUAAAUGGAAGUGAAUAAACAUUUUUUUCUGA